AAUUCGCAAAAAUGUUCAAAAUCUUCUCAUAUUGGAUGCUGCCGCUCAUCGCAGCCUGUUGCUGGCUAGGAACCCUCCUCGGUAUGCUGGGUUGGUGGCUCGCGAGCGGUUCCCCUCAUCUUAAUGGCAUGGAGCCAGGUCAGAGAAUCGCAUACAUCUCGGACAUUGGCGCAACACACCUCCAGCCUCUCUUCAUUGCCGGUUCUGCCGCUUGUGUCAUCGUCUUUGAUGUGUGCUUUAUCUCAGAGCGCUGGUUGCGCCACAAGGGCCGCCUUGCUCACAACACGUCCACUACCCAGAAGGUCCUAUCGGGCCUGGCUUCUGCCUUCGCUAUUAUUGGUGCCAUCGGACUGAUCCUCCUCACCUGUUUCCNNAAGGAUACAAAGUUUGGUACUGUCCACGACACCUGUCUUGUGAUCUUCAUGUAUGUCUAUCUGGUUCCCUUUGUCUUGAUCAUUGCUGACAAGAUCUAUAGUGUUGGCUAUAUCAUCUCUGCCAUCUUCGCCUGCGCCGAGUACCAACGUCUUGGUAUCCACUUCCGCCAAUACCGCAUUCUGCGUAUCUCCUUCUGGAUCAAGCUGUUCUUCAUCUUCACUGAGAUCGCCCUUGCUAUCGGUAAUUCAAACCCUUUCUGCGCANCCUUUGCUGCCCUCGGUCGUCACGAAAACACGCGCACUACUGCUGCCGUCCUCGAGUGGACCAUCUCACUUAUCUACAUCAUCUACGUUGGCCAUUACUUCAUGGACUUCCUGCCCGCUAUCCACAGCAAGGACCAUCUCUUCCCUACUGUCUCAGAGAUGAUGGAGAAUGGCAACGGUCCAUCCUACUCUGGCGGUCCCACCUUCUCCGAGAGCGCAUCAUAUGCAAGCGAGAACCCUAUGCGCGCCAACAACCAGACCGUUGAGCCCAGCAGAAACUUC